AGCGUCUUCUGGAUCGUCUUGAUCGCGUGGCCUCCUUGCCCGAUCUGCCCGAGGAUCAUAUCGUCUUCGAGCUCUGUGUUAGCUCUCGGGUAGCGCCACUGCGCCCGGAGACCAUUGUCGAACAGGGCCGCCUGAAGGCUUUUGCGCGCAUCGAGAAGGUCGCCUCCCCAUCUGAGGUCGCGAAGGACCCGAAAUAACUCGAAGGCGAAACCUUCCUCUACGAUUGCCGGAACGCCACAGGUCCGCCCGUGACUAUCUACCACCCAGCGUUUGCGCGCCUCAAGGAGGACAUACGCUGUAUCGAUCGCCUCGAUUUGCGCACGGACUUGCCGUCCAACUGGGUUGCACGUACCGGCCAGCUAUUCCUCGCGUCCCAGGAGCGAUACGACAAAGAAGAGGAUCGCUUGGAGAAAAUCCGUCCUAUUCUCAGCACUCUGUUGGAUGUUCAACUCGCUCUGCACGUCAGGAUGUACAAUCAAGACGGCGGGCACUAUGUUGCAGAGUUCGAUGCAGCAGCCUCAGUCCCGUUACGAGAGUCCAAGCCGUAUGACCGCAAGGCUGUCUAUGUGUGUGCGGAAUUCAAGAACGAACCCGUAACGAGUGGGGCGGGUGGCGUCCAAAUUGCUGCGACCUAUGCACAUGCAGUUGCCCAUGGGGAUGCGUACAAGGCCGUCCGAGAUGUCUCUUGCUGCGCGACCAUCCUCAUCUCCGUCUCCGGCCCGUUCAUACGAUUCUACGGGGCCAUACUUGCUGAUGUUGUCACCAUACAGCCCUUCACGGAAUAUGUCUGGCUCGGCGGCGAUUCCGAUAUGGAAGCUCGCAUUGUGUACGUCGCUAAGAUCCUCCAAAGCAUCCGUGCGGCCGUGCGCACCCUACACGACUCAUACGAGGUGCUCUCGAUCAAGCCCAUCGCCAACUCCAUUAGCCACGCCCUUCCCCAUCCGACACCCGUGGAUGAGGCCAGCAACCGUGCACUGCUCUCGGACCUUCGCUUCGUUGACCGCUUUGACUACCUGGGACGGCAAUAUCAAUGCGCGGACGGGCGGAUCGUCGAGGAGUUCAGUCGGUCACUAUUCCGCGCACGGCUAGGCAGCAAUGGCGACGGGUCCGAGGUCCUUGUCAAGUUCUGCUUCCGGUACGGCGAGGAGGCGCACCGGCUGCUGGCCGCACAUGAGCCGCCGCUCGCACCGCGGCUGCACGCAUGUGUGCCCCUCCUCGGCGGCGUCACGAUGGUCGUCAUGGAUAUUGUGCCCGGCUUUGAGGACAACGUGUCUUCGGACAAGUCCGCCCAGCUCCCAUCCGAGACCAUGGACGACGUCAAAACGGCUUUGAAGGUGCUCCACGGUGCGGGACUCGUGCAUGGGGACGUGCGGCGGCCGAAUGUCAUGGCUGUCCCAAGGGGGGACUCUGGGCAAAUGGGCGCGAUGCUCAUUGACUUUGACUGGGCGGGCGAGAAUGGGAAGGUGCUGUACCCGUCGCGGUUGAACCCGGAUGUCGAUUGGGCGCAGGGUGCGCAACCCGGAUACCCGAUUCAGCGCGAGCACGAUUGGGAGAUGUGGAGAAAAUUGAAAAUGCUGGUUGUGUGCUGA